AUGGUGGCGGUUGCACGGGAGGUGUUCGAUGGAAUGCUGAUGAGGGACGAGGUUUCUUGGAGUACGGUGGUAGGAGGUUAUGUAAAGGAAGGGGAGCUGGAGGUCGCGCUGGGAGUGUUUAAGAAUAUGGUGGUGCAGGGGGUGAAGGCAAAUGAAGCGGCAAUAGUGACAGCACUGUCAGCAGCUGCACAGCUGGGGCUGCUUGAGCAGGGGAAGUUUGUGCAUGAAGUGGUCAAGAGAGCAGGAGUAGCAAUGAGUAUGAACUUAGGUGCUGCACUUGUUGAUAUGUAUUCCAAGUGUGGAAGUGUGGCAGCGGCAAAGGAAGUUUUUGAUGUCAUGCCUAAGAGGGAUGUGUUUGCUUGGAACUCCAUGAUCUGCGGGCUUGCUACCCAUGGAUUGGGGCAUGAUGCAGUCCAGCUCUUUGAGAAGUUUGUCAGUGAGGGGUUUUGCCCUACAAGCAUCACAUUUGUGGGGGUGCUGAAUGCCUGCAGCCGUACGGGCCUUGUUGAUGAAGGGCGGUGGUAUUUGAAGCUGAUGGCAGAGAAAUAUGGCAUUGAGUCAGAGAUGGAGCAUUACGGAUGCAUGUUUGAUCUUUUGAGUCGUGCGGUCUUGUUCAGGAGGCCAUUGAAUUGA